AUGUCGUGCCGUUCCUUCCAGGUGGGCUCCAGGUGUGGCAGUCGGAGUUUCAGCUCGUGCUCGGCUGUCAUGCCCCGGAUGGUCACUCACUAUGAAGUGAGCAAAGGGCCAUGCCGAACUGGGGGCGGCGGGGCCCUCCGAGCCCUGGGCUGCCUUGGCUCUAGAAGCCUGUGCAAUGUAGGCUUUGGGAGGCCACGGGUUGCCUCCAGAUGUGGCCUGCCUGGCUUUGGGUACCGAGCAGGGGCCACCAGUGGACCACCGGCCUGCAUCACCCCUGUCACCAUCAAUGAGAGCCUGCUGGUCCCCCUGGACCUGGAGAUCGACCCAACAGUGCAGAGGGUGAAGAGGGAUGAGAAGGAACAGAUCAAAUGCCUCAAUAACCGCUUUGCAUCCUUCAUCAACAAGGUGCGCUUCCUGGAGCAGAAGAACAAGCUGCUGGAGACCAAGUGGAACUUCAUGCAGCAGCAGCGGGGUUGCCAGAGCACCAUGGAGCCGCUCUUUGAGGGCUACAUCUGUGCCCUGCGAAGGCAGCUGGACUGCGUGUCUGGGGAACACGGGAAGUUGGAGGCGGAGCUCUGCAGCCUCCAGGAGGCACUGGAUGGCUACAAGAAAAAGUAUGAAGAGGAGCUUGCCCUGCGCCCCUGCGCUGAGAAUGAAUUUGUCACCUUGAAAAAGGAUGUGGACACAGCCUUCCUGGUGAAAGCCGACCUGGAAACCAACGUGGAGGCUCUAGAACAUGAGAUUGAGUUCCUGAAAGCCCUGUUUGAGGAGGAGAUCACCCUGCUGCAGUCUCAGAUCUCCGAGACCUCCGUCAUCGUGAAGAUGGACAACAGCCGGGACCUGGACGUGGACGGCAUCGUGGCUGAGAUCAAGGCUCAGUAUGAUGACAUCGCGAGCCGCAGCAAAGCGGAGGCGGAGGCCUGGUACCAGUGCCGGUAUGAGGAGCUGAGGCUGACAGCCGGGAGCCACUGUGACAACCUCCGCAAUCGCAAGAACGAGAUCCUGGAAAUGAACAAGCUGAUCCAGCGGCUGCAGCAAGACAUCGAGACUGUCAAAGGCCAGCGCUGCAAACUGGAGGGGGCUAUAACCCAGGCAGAGCAGCAGGGCGAGGCGGCCAUCGCUGAUGCCAAGUGCAAGCUGGCGGGGCUGGAGGAGGCCCUGCAGAAGGCCAAGCAGGACAUGGCCUGCCUGCUCAAGGAGUACCAGGAGGUGAUGAACUCCAAGCUGGGCCUGGACAUCGAGAUCGCCACCUACAGGCGCCUGCUGGAGGGCGAGGAGCACAGGCUGUGUGAAGGCAUCGGACCUGUGAACAUAUCCGUCAGCAGCUCCAAAGGCGCCGUCCUGUACGAGCCCUGUGUGGUGGGCACACCUCUGCUGAGGAGCGAGUACUGCCAAGCGGCCACAGGCGUCCUCAGAAGCAGCGGGGGCUGCAGUGUCGUGGGCACUGGCGAGCUCUACGUCCCCUGUGAGUCCCAGGGGCUCCUGUCCUGUGGCAGUGGGCGAAGCGCCAGCAUGAAGCUGGGGGCCGGGAGCAACUCCUGUAGCCACUAG